GUUAUAAUAAGAUGACAGACCCUUAUCCAAAUUAUUCAGGGUUCCCCAGGGAGAGAGAUGGCUCUCCUCUUCUUCACCACCACUCCUUCUCUCCGACCCUCCUCCUCCUCCUCAUCUUCUUCUUCUUUGCCGGCGGCGUCCACUGUGGCCAUCGUUCCAGACCCCUUCUUUAGGUUCAUGAAGCAAUCCGUUACUUGGCGCCCAAAACUGUUCAAUGGACUUCAUUUUCAGGUAUCUUUUAACAUGGCAGAAAGGGCUGCUGUGAUUGUUAAGGCCUCUUCUGAUGUUGAUGGUUCUGAGCCUGAGCCUCCCAAGGAACGUGAGGAAGAGGCGGCAGUGCCAGUUGAAGACAUGCCAUUGGAGUCCAAGCUGCAACUAAAGCUUGAACAGAAGAUGAGGAUGAAGCUAGCCAAGAAGAUGAGGCUUAGAAGAAAGAGGCUUGUCAGAAAGCGCCGCCUGAGGAAGAAGGGCAGAUGGCCACCUUCUAAGAUGAAGAAGAACAAAAACGUCUGACCUUUGCCUCCAGUUCUCCUGCAGCAGGAAAUCUCCUUUCAACUCUCUGGAGCAGCCACAGCGGUCAAUGGUUGUAACGCCUGGAGUCUAAACAUGGGAAGAGCUCAUCACUUGCAGUGAGUGGUCGGUGCCAUUGUGAUUUUGGCUUUUGAUGGAGCCUUUCUUAAUCACUUUUAACACAUCUUGUGUGGACAGUGAGAUAGCUCUCUGUAUGACUCAAAAGAGUGAGUAACUUGUAUGCAAAUAAAAGUCAGGGAGAAUCUGGCCCCACGUUGGACGGUAAAAAGGUGAAUGAUAC